ACCUGCCGGCUGGUUGGCACAGCUGUGCAAUACAAAACCGCUGUCUCCUCCCCUAUAUGCAAGUACAAACCAAGCCGACAUGGUCUCCCUUCUCCGCAACCCCCUUGCAACAGCGGAUCAGCUUGCCUCAUCACCGAGUCAGGCUGAUGGAAUUCCGGCUGACUUAGAGACGUCAUUGAGAUGGGCGGGAAGCGAGCUUAUUCAAGCUGCCGGUAUCCUUUUGCGAUUGCCGCAGAAGACAGUUGCUACGGCAAUAGUCCUUUUCCAACGCUUCUACCUUCUAUCCAGCAUGCGUUCUUGCGCGAUUACCGACUCCUGUCAUGCCGUUAUAUUCUUAUCGUCGAAGCUCACAGAGCAUCCGGCGACGCCUCGAGAUAUUAUAAAUGUGACUACUUAUCUACUAAAUACUCCAUCACCUUCGCCGAUCUCCCCUGCCCCGGCAGCCGGCCAAGGAUCGACACCCCCGGAAGAGCACUACGUUACAGAGCAGGAAUAUUACAUCAGGAGAACACGCCUACUCAAUGUCGAAAUGGAAAUCCUUAAAGCCUGUGGAUUUCAAACACAUCUUUCGUUGCCGUACACCCUUUGCAUAAACUACAUCCAGUCACUCUCCGUGCUCUCAGCCGAGGUAGUGAAGAAAUCGUUCGGGUACCUGACGGAUGCCUUGCUUUCGCCAAGUCUUUUAUACCUAACACAUCAACCAAACUCUUUGGCUGUUGCUGCGGUAUAUAUCGGUGCUCGGGAAUGCGAGGUUAAAUUGCCUGCUGCGUGGUGGGAUGUGUUUGAUUGUGAACGAGAAGAAUUGGGGUUCUUGGUGGUUUGUAUGAAGGGUGUGAAGGAGUUUGUUGAGAGUGAGAGGAAGUUAUGGAGCGGCAGAAAGCCUGGUGUCCCUUGGGAGUUAGAUGAUUUGGAGAUACACCUGGAAAGGAGAAGAGUCCUAGACGGUGAAGCAGAGGUCUAG